CUGUCAUGAUGACAUGUCAUUGGGAAAUUAAUGUCUGGUUUUCAUUCCUCUCUGACAGGACAGGCCGAAGAGGAUUGGACGUUAGAGUGCGUCGGCUUUCCCAAUAUGGAGCGCCCUCCACCAAUUUGGCACGUACCGCUCAACUCCCAGGAAACAGUCGUGGAGCUGCAGAAGAAAACAUCAGUGUGUCAGCCUGAGUGCUCCAUCUGCUACAACACUUACGACAAUGUCUUCAAGACGCCCAAACUGCUGGACUGCACCCACACCUUCUGCCUCGAGUGCCUCUCCCGCCUGAUGGUGGUGUCGCAGGCCGAAGCCAAUGGCAGCGGAGGCAUCAUGCACCUCUCCUGUCCCUUCUGCCGUCAACCCACUACGCUCCCUGAGGAGGGACCCCCAGCUUUGGCAACAAGCCGCGAGGUCCUGUGCACUCUUCCCCACAACCAACAGCAGGAGGAGCCUGUGUGGCUGGAUGGGGAAAAGUUGUGCUACAAAAGUUCUGGAAACAGGGCCGGCCGGGACGCUCCUGACAGUCCCACGGCCUUCUGCAUCUGCAUUGACAUUGGAGCCAGUAAAACAGUGGACGUACCAGUGCCGUCAGAAAGGGACCGACUUGGAGGGUUUAGCCGAAUGGCAGACGGAAAGAGACUGAUGAUUUUUAUCGUGCUGAUAAUUCUGCUGAUUGUCAUCGUGCUGUGGCCUCUGCAGUGUGUGUUCACCACUGGAAACAUGCGCUGCGACCAUCAAGAGACCAUCAACCCCACCAUUGGUCCGACCACAGCUGACUACACGCCAUUGUUCCAGCCAUCUGGUCCUGAGUAAAAGAGCAGGCAUUUUCAGCCACUAAAACAAACUCACAAAGUUCCAGUAUCACUCCUUUUCUUCAGUGUAUUGUCUGCUUACCUACUGUAUA